AUGCAUCCAAUCGAGGAGUUUGUGAGCUACUUCACUUUCCUCCAUGAGUUGGGUCAAUACUUUCUUGAAGUGAAGGAGAAGGAGAUCCGUCAUGCAAUGACGUGUCUCUUUGUGGAGAUCCUUCUACCCGUUGCUGCAGUAGUACGUCACGAGGUGAACAUUCCCGCGCUGAAGAAUUUCGUCGAUCUGCUCUACAAUCCCGCCUUUGAAUUGGCAAACAAAAAGAAGCAUGCUCUAGUGAGUGAUUUCGAGUUUGAUAGGAAUUAUCGUUUGACUGGUAUCACGUUUUUUAUUUACGUUACUAAUAUAACAUACAUUCAAAUAUAA